AAGUUAGGGUCUUAAUUGUUUAUUUUUAUAAAAUCAAUUAUAAAUUGAUUGUUCACAAAUUUGACAAGUUAGUUAAUUUUCUAGAUUGAACAAACACAUACUCUAUAUUUGAUUUGUGUUAUGCCCAAAUUGUAUUACCACUAAAUCAUUAAAUAAGCUUACUGAAAACCGUAGAAAAACAAUACGGAGUACAAUAAUUGUGUUAAAGUUAACUCAUCGUGAUUUGUAAUUUAGUGAUGGACUUAAACAUAAAUUUGAGGAAAAAUAAAACCAUCUAAUUAAAGCAAAUUCAUCCCUUAGAAAACAAAAGGAGUCUAUAAUCUAUAAUUCCUCUCAAACCAUAAUCUAGUCAAAAUUACAAAUCCAUCCCAAUCUAAAACAACGCUACUUGAAUCAAUCUAACACUAUUUUUAAUUCUGAAUACAAAAGGCCAAAAAAAAAAAAAAAACAAAACAAAACAAAACAAAACAAAACACUGCAACCCUUCACUCCAAAACACCAUCUCACUUCCCAGAUUAACAAUAACAACAAUGGCAUCCACCGCAACAACCACCGUCAUCCUCUUCUUCCUCACAUUCUCUCUCCUCAAAACCACCGCAACCUCAGAUUCCGACUGCAAAGGCCGUCGGAUCCACAUCAGAAAACUCCCAACAAGAUUCAACCUUGAGCUUCUAACUAACUGCUCAUCUUUCUUCCCAUUAUACCCUGAUUUCUGCCCUCAUUUAGCCAAUCACGGCCUCGGCCCCAAAACCGAUAACCGCUGUCAUUCAUGGUAUCGAACCGACACUCAUCUCCUCGAACUCUUCUUCCAUCGCCGUCUUCUUGAAUACCCUUGUCUCUCUCCUAACCCUCUUCAAUCCGACGCCGUUUUUCUCCCUUUCUAUUCUUCUCUUGAUUCUCUGCGAUUUUUGUACGGUCCUGAUUACAAUGUCAGCCAUCUUCACGGCCUUGAUUUGUUCUCCUAUCUUCAAUCCAACGAUCCAGAUAUCUGGGGUCGAAACAACGGUCAUGAUCACUUCCUUAUUAUGGCUCGUACUUCGUGGGAUUUCUCCCAGCCUUUGCCGGAAAUAUUAGGUGAUGAAAAUGGGGAAGAAAUCGAGAGGUUAUGGGGGACGUCGUUUUUGAUGUUGCCGGAGUUUUUUAAUUUGACGGUUUUGACCUUGGAGUCUAGAGCUUGGCCGUGGCAGGAACAAGCAAUUCCUCAUCCGACGUCGUUUCAUCCUUCGACUGUUGGGUUUUUGGAUUCGUGGAUUUUGCGGGUUCGGAAGUCUCGCCGGAGUACACUUAUGUUUUUCGCCGGCGGUGGUGGGACGUCGCCGACGGGGAACCCGAAUGUGAGGCGGAGUAUUCGGGAGGAAUGUGGUGCGGUUCAGAAUUCGUCGGUUGUUGAUGGUGGAAGGUUCCAGAAGUUGUGUGAGAUUGUUGAUUGUUCUAAUGGAAUUUGCGAGCAUGAUCCUAUUAGGUACAUGAAACCAAUGCUGCAGGCUAGCUUCUGCUUGCAACCUCCAGGGGAGACUCCGUCAAGGAGAUCAACUUUCGAUGGGAUACUGGCAGGGUGCAUACCUGUUUUCUUUGAAGAUCAAUCGGCCAAGAAUCAAUUUCAAUGGCAUCUUCCGCCUGCUGAGUAUGAGGAGUUCUCCGUGACAAUACCGAAGGAGGAUGUGGUAUUUAAAGGAUUGAAGGUGGUCGAUGUGCUGAUGGGGAUCCCUCGAGCAGAAGUGAGGAGAAUGAGGGAGAAGGUGAUGGAGUUGAUUCCUAAGGUUAUGUAUAGGAAACAUGGGAGUUCUUUGGGACUAAGAGCUAAGAAGGAUGCCUUCGAUAUUGCAAUUGAAGGCACCUUGCAGAGAAUCAAGGAUAGACUGAAGGAUGUUUCGGCUGCUGGCUGAUUGCUGCUGCAACAUUUUUGCACUCCCUCCCCCCCCCCCCCCCUCCCCCCUCUCUUUUUUCCCCUAAUUUCAGGCACCAAUUGUUUAUUUAUAUUUGUCUUUCCAUUCUUUUAAAGGGUACAUAUACACAGUAAAUUAGUAUAUGAUGAACUAUUAGUCACCUUUGUAUACUACUCGUAGAUUUUUAUGCAUAAUUUUGCUAAUAAAUGCUAGAGUAAUCUUACACUUUCUUUUGCUGUAUUUUUACCGUUGUAUUGCAAUACUUAAUAUGAAUCUAGA